UCCUCUGAUCAGUCUGGUCACUGGCAGAGUCUUCAGGACAGGACACAACUAGGUAGAGCUGGUCAGGCAGGGGAAGACUCCGGAGGAAAAAGUAGGCAAUGUUGCAGCUAGGCUCCAGUUUUUGCACUUUUAGGGAAGGCGACUGAGGUAUUAGAAGGAUUUUUGGUGUUUUCAGGCUGAAAGGUUGAGGUAGCCCCCAUAGCCGCAGUAUUUUUGGAUCUCUUCUGAGAGAGGUACACAAAAAUGUCUUCUCCAAGUCCGGGCAAGAGGCGAAUGGAUACCGACGUGGUGAAACUCAUUGAAAGCAAGCAUGAAGUUACCAUCUUGAGUGGACUUAAUGAGUUUGUGGUCAAGUUUCAUGGACCACCUGGAACACCGUAUGAAGGGGGCGUGUGGAAGGUUCGGGUGGACUUGCCAGAUAAAUACCCCUUCAAAUCACCGUCAAUAGGGUUCAUGAACAAAAUCUUUCAUCCCAACAUUGAUGAAGCGUCAGGGACGGUGUGUUUAGACGUCAUCAACCAGACGUGGACAGCUCUGUAUGACCUCACCAACAUCUUUGAGUCGUUCCUCCCUCAGCUGCUCGCCUACCCCAACCCCAUCGAUCCUCUGAAUGGGGACGCCGCCGCCAUGUACCUCCACCGGCCAGAGGACUACAAACACAAGAUCAAAGAGUACAUCCAGAAGUACGCCACAGAGGAGGCUCUAAAGGAGCAAGAGGAGGGCAGGGGCGACUCCUCUUCCGAAAGCUCAAUGUCAGACUUUUCGGAGGACGAGGCUCAGGAUAUGGAGUUGUAGUGAAGGGGGAGCAGCCUUCACCUCACAACAGACUGUCAUUUCCUAAAGAGCAGAAACUCAGUACUCUAUUCAUAUUUAAACAAGACUAUUUUUUACAGCAAAACAAGGAUUUUUAUUGCUACACAAGGGUUUGCAGUAUAAAAAAGAUAAAAUCUCAUAUUCUGGGGAAUUCAUCAUGACCUGCCUAUCUCCCUCCUCUUCAUCACAAAACCAGUUUGUUUCAGGAUGGGGGUUUUCAUGCCGUUUGACAGACGCUGGACUGAACCUUGACGCCAGCAGGGGAAGGGGAGCCAUCUGCGCGCCUCGACGUCACCUUCUGCUGUUUCCUUUGAAUACCAUCGAACAUGUUGAUUGGUCAUCAUUUAACACUGCCGCCACGAGAACCCGCCAUUUACAAUCUUUAUUUGAUGAGAAAGAGCAGAUGCACGGGUGUUCAGACCGCUCUCAAUGCAAUCCUGCAGAAGCAUUGCACACAAUCGUGUGUGUGCGUAUGUGUGUGCGCGUGUGUCAGCGAAUGCUUGGUUGCAGUCCACAGAUAACUUGUGUUGUCCUGGCUUCUGAUGCUCAGCAGGAAUCAGGAGAGAGGUGUAUGAUCCUGGUCUCUCUGUUCUUCAGCAGCAGUUUCUUCCUCCUCCUCCUUCUUCCCCUCUCCGUUUUAGGAAAGUGUUUGCCAUCCUCUGAGUAUCUUUGUGUUUCGUGGCAUGACACAGAAGAUUUAGUCGGCGUUUGUAGAGCUGUGUUGCUGUGGGCAUGAAGACAACGCUCGUUUCUCAGGCCGGGUUCAGUGGGAAUCGCCGUUGAACUUCUUUACUUUGCCUAUUGCUUUUGUUGAACUGUAAUAGGUGUCUGACUUGCGUAGGGAUAGUUAGUUUCUUUGCGGGUGAUGUGUCCUGUCAUAAUGUAUGGUUUAAUACUUCUAUAACACACAGGCUGUUCUAUAAAGAUGAGGAAGUUGACGCAUUUAAUCAGCUGUUGGAUGAUUCUGUUAAAGCUAAUCCUCCAAAUACUGUUUGCACCCCCACUCCUCUGCCCUUCUUUUAUAUUUAAACUUGUCUGUCAGACAUUAUUAUAGGAAUUAUUUUUUCUCUCAAAACAACUCAGCAGGGUUGGAUUUAUUUUUUUCUUGCUCUACUUUCCAAAAAAAGUGUUGGGACCAACAUAUGACAAACAUGUAAAUUUUAAUUUCCCCUCAAAAAGGAGUUCUCAGAUAUCUACAAAGUAUGGAUGUUCCCCUAAAGGAUCAAACUGGAGUUCUCCCGCUGAAGACACAUGGAAACAUCUAGCUUUUUUGGGGUUUGUUCCUAACAAAGCUGACAUCCCAGUUGGUUACAAUGAUGAUUGUGUUGGCAAAGCUAUGACAGCUUAUUGUUCAGUGAUGGAAAUAUUUGGUUUGAUUAUUAUUUUAUUUUUUUUUGGCAAUCUGAAUGCUGGUGGAAGCUGCAGUCCCUCCCUGUGCUGCUUUCUACAUGAAUAGAAACAUGUAAAGUCAUAUCAAAAUCUAAAAAAGGCAUUUGUUUUAAGAUGAAGGUCAACAGAUUCAGAGAGAAUAAAAAAUGCAAUUCAGCUUUAUGUUCCCAUCAUGUUACAGUUUAUAGAUGAGAACAAAAGGAAAUCGCUGUUCAGCCUCCCCAUUAUCUGGAGUCACCGUUGUGCAAUUUAGAUGCAGCACACAUAUUCAAUGCCUAUAAUUUGUCUUUUUUUUAUCUUUUAUUUUAAGCCCUACGUUCAAAAUACAGAUCGAGAUUACAUUUUUAAAGGCCAAAAAAAAGGAAGAAAAAGAACCGUGAAUAAAUGUGCUUCCCUUGUAACUUAAAAAAAUAAAUAAAAAAGUAAGCAUUA